AUGUAUGACUAUCUGUUCAAGCUUUUGCUUAUCGGUGAUUCUGGUGUGGGAAAAUCGUGCUUGCUUCUAAGAUUUGCUGAUGAUUCUUACCUGGAUAGCUACAUCAGUACCAUUGGUGUUGACUUUAAAAUCCGCACAGUCGAACAGGACGGAAAGACAAUCAAGCUCCAGAUCUGGGACACAGCAGGGCAAGAACGUUUCAGGACCAUCACUAGCAGCUACUACAGAGGAGCUCAUGGAAUCAUUGUCACUUAUGAUGUCACGGACCAAGAGAGCUUCAACAACGUCAAACAAUGGCUGAACGAAAUCGACCGUUACGCUAGUGAGAAUGUGAACAAGCUGCUGGUUGGGAACAAAAACGAUCUCACAUCACAGAAAGUUGUAUCCACUGAGACAGCUAAGGCUUUUGCAGAUGAACUUGGGAUACCAUUCUUGGAAACAAGUGCUAAAAACGCAACCAAUGUUGAAGAAGCUUUCAUGGCUAUGACUGCUGCAAUUAAGACCAGAAUGGCUAGCCAACCAGCUGGAGGUGCCAAGCCACCGACGGUCCAGAUUCGCGGACAGCCAGUGAACCAGCAAUCAGGCUGUUGCUCCUCUUGA